UCCUGGUUGAUGGUAUAACACGCUGUCGGCGACUGUUAGCUCAGCUCGCAACUUCAACUUUUGAAAGCAUGGAAUUAGUCAGUUCUUAGUUUGUCAAAGAGACAUUAAACGAAAAUCACAUUAAAUUCAACUGUGUCGCGUGCAGUUUGCCCAGGGUAUGGCUCUGUAGACAGAGUUUACUUACAGUAGGCUUGCCAGCUUGCAACCGCCAGCUAAGCUAGCUAACUUGCUUGCUAGCUAUACUACAGUCCAAAAUGACUGACUGCUGCGCCGCAGCGGAUUGUGAUUACCAAGAACGGGAAUCCGAAAAUACCACCUCACUUUUCAGCUUCCCUUUGGAUCCGGAGCGUUGCAACCAAUGGUUGAACAACUGUCGUCGCCAAGAUUUGGCAUCUGAACCUCCGGAGCAGUUGCAUAAGCUGUAUAGACUUUGUGCAAAGCAUUUCGAGCCCUCUAUGAUCUCCCAUCAGAGUGCUUCCAGUUUUAUCUUAAAAGAAGAUGCUGUUCCAACAAUAUUUGACUUUGCAACGCCUGGGAAUAAACCGUCAGCGUGUAACAGGAAACGCGCUAGAGACCCUUCAGAAGAGGAAGACGCUGUUGUAAAGAAAACAAAAGAAAACACAGUAUCAGAAUUGAAAGAGGAGACAAAAGAAGAGUCUGGAGAGAACAGUGCAGCAUCUGAACUCCAAAAAGACAACCAACCCCAAGAGGAUGCAUCCACCUCAAAAGCAAAAGAGACUCUGAAAGUUUAUUUCAAGGAAAUCCUGGCACUGACGGGAUUCAGCAUCAAUGGCGCAAACAUCAGCUCUGAUGAGCCAAUUGGAGGUGCGAGAGGCCAGCAGGCUCUUAAUCGUGUCUGUGUGGAGAAAAUUGACAAGAAAGAAAUUUUACAGUUCAGUGAAGACCUCAUGCGGGAGGAGAUCCAGAACAGCCUCAGACUGGCACGAUUCUUCUCCGUUCUGCUGCAGGAUGUGACUAACAUAGAGGGAAAGGAGCAGAUUCCAGUUUUCAUCCGAUCUGUCACAGUUGCUGGUUUCCCACAAAAGCACCUCGUCGGGUUCUUACCGUGUGACCUGGAUGCAGAGAAUAUGUUUUACAUGCUCCUCUCUGAGCUGCGAAACAAAUGGGGGCUGAGGAUGGAGCACUGCAGAGGACUCACUUAUCUUAUUACAGGGAGCUUGUGUCAGAAAAUGCGAGACCUGACCUGUAGAAUCCUGCAGGAGUUUCCACAAGUAGUUCUGUCACCAAGUGACCCAUAUGCUUUCAAUAUAUGGAUCAUUCGCUGCAUGCCUGUACCAUCAAUCCAGAAGGUUGCAGACACUGUAGAGGAGGUGGCCUCAUUACUCAGGAGAACACCAGAGCUGAGCAAGAGAUUGGAAGGAAAGAUCCAGAUGACGUACGGGCAUGUAAAAGGGGAAGUUGAAAGGAUCAAAGCGGCCAUCAGUGGGAAUUGGGAAUAUGGCACUGAUGCCUUCCAGACCUUGUUAGAAAUUCUGGAGCCAUUCUUGAACUGUAUCAAUGAGAUCAUUUCAAAGGUAGAUGAAGAUACUGCUGAACAGAUGGCCAAGCUCAAACCAGUUUUAAAGAAUUUCAAUUUCAUCAUCACACUCGUCGUUCUGAAGAACACCCUCUGUUGUGUCAGCAUACUUAACUCAAGUCUCAGGGGAAUAAUAAGCAUCAGCAGUACUUUGCAGUACACAAUUUCCAAUGCCUUAAAGCUGGUAAGCAAAUACCAACAGGAGCUCGCAAUAUUUCACAGGAAAUGGUUUUCCGAUGCAGUCGGUCGUGCAAAGAAACUGGGAGUAGAGGUCAUUAAACCAGAGAUGGAUCAAGCCGACACAACCGAGACACCACUGGAGGACUUUUACAGAGAGUCUCUGAGUCGGCCCAUCUUGCAGUAUCUUGUUGCAGAGGUGAAGAGGGUGUUCAGCACCGAGAUGGUUAGGAUUCUCCGAUGGCUCUCGUUAGUCCCAUCUUACAUGGCUGACCACAAUUUCAGCAUUCGCAGGGAUAAAGUUGCAGAUGCCAACUUAAACAACCUUGCACGGCCUGACACGUUCUACGAAGAGCUCGGUUGCUGGGAGGUGAAGUGGAGGCACGCGAGCAAGCGCAGAAUCCUCCCGACCACUGUUUUUGCAACACUCAAGAUUCCAGAUAUUGGAUUUUACCCAAAUGUGCAGAGCUUGCUGAAGGUGUUGGGCACUGUUCCAUGUGUAAAUGCAGAGGCUGACGUGUACGGACAGUACCAUAUGGUACUGGAUCGGUGCCAGUCCUAUCUGAAUGCCAACCCAGAGGACCAAAGACAGUGCAGCAUGGCAUUUGUGUAUGUAAACCAGGAUGUGCACUUCAGUGUUGAACAAACGGUAGAGUCAUAUGUCCAGAAGCACCCAGACAUCCUGCAGCUGCUUCAGAGGGAUGAUGACACAACAGAGAAGCCUCCACAAGUGGCAGUCCACGGAAACCAUGCUGAAAAGGAUACAGAAGAGGAAUUACAACUCAUAAAUCUAGAGAUGGAUGCUGAGAGGCUUGUGGAGAUGAAAUGUGCAGAAACUGACAGAGAAGCUCUUAAAUCUGCCUUGCAGGCUGCGGUGGUGGCUGCUUACAGCAGUCACAGCCGGUUAAAUAGCGACGCUGGUCCUGCUCAGGAUGGAGAGGUUGAGUAUGUGACCAAGUCUGAAAUGAAUGAAGUUCUCACUGUGUGCGAGAACGCUGUCAGGGAGGGAAUUCUCAUGGAAGUGGGGAGUUCAUUUUUCUCUCUGAUCAUUGACCGAGUCGUGAAGCUGGGGGAGAAGGACUAUCUUCCACUCUUCCUAAGGUUUGUGGACAGUUUUGAUGUCAUGCGAUUGGAGCUUAUGGGAUUCCUUGAGACCGAUCUUGAUUGUGACAUCAUGGUCCAGCGUCUCCUGGAAAUAGUAACUGUCGAGUGGCGUCUUGAUUUGAAUAACUGCAGAGGCCAAGCUUACCUUGGCUCUGGUGAUGUUUCCUACAAGCUGAAAGCAUUUGCCUGCAAAGUUCAGGAGAAAUAUCCUCUUGCUAUAAGCACACACAGUUCUUCCUACUCCUUCAACACAUGGUGGUCAAAAUCCAUCCCAGUGCCUGCGGUUAAAAGAGCCCUGGAUACAUUUGAAGAGGUUUUGAUGUUUUUCGGCAGCAGUUCUGCUCUAGAAAAACAACUUGGCCAUGUGAUAGAGUAUGGACUCAGAGAGAGCUAUGAAAAGAUCCAGGAGUUACAAGGAAAGUUCUGCUCUGUUUGGCAAGAGAAGCAUGACUCUUAUGAGGUGUUUGUACAGAUGCUGGAGCCUCUUGUUGAAUGUCUGGAGAAAGUAAAAAGCAAUCCACAGAGGUGGAAAACAUCCGUUUCCGAACAAGCAGGCGCUCUUCUCCGCAAGGUUAUGGAGUUUGAUUUUAUCAUUGCCAUGGUGGUCUUGAAGAAUGCAUCAUCUUUUACCAGAGAGCUUAGUGCAGGUAUCCAGAAGGACCAAUUCAGUGCUGCAUCCCAGCUUUGCCAAAUCAGUGGUAUUGUGGCUACUCUGAACAGAGUGAAAACAAAUAUGAAGGUAUUUCACCAGAACUGGUUUGAUGAGGCUUGUGCAAUGGCACAGAGUCUUAGAGUACAGAUUGAAGUGCCUGAAAACUCCAUGCCAAGAGACGGCAUGAUAAAGCCAGUGGGAUUUUACAAAGAUUGCUUGAGUGUGCCCCUUGUAGACAACCUCAUCAAUGCUGUGAAGGACCAUUUUUCAGAGGACCACAAAGAAGCUCUCAACUUCCUCUCUCUGGUGCCAUGCUCAGUCACCGUGAGUUACGUGUUUGAGAGCUUGAAGUCAAAGCCUCCUCUCUACAGUAGUGAUCUCCCUGAUGCAGACAACUUCUUCACAGAGCUGUGUUGUUGGAGAGUAACAUGGAAGACCAAAGUGGCAUCUGUGUCUAUCCCAAGUUCCAUAUUUCACACAUUACGUCUACCACUCAUGCAGUACUUCGGGAACAUCAAUACCCUGCUGAGGAUUAUGUCUGUGCUCCCCAGCACGGCUCUGGAGGACUGUGGUGUUGUAAUGCGCCACAAGAAGUUCCUCAACUACCUGAGAAAUACUAGUCCCAAAGACAGGUCCCCAUGUUUGGCGAUGCUGCAGGUGGGCACAGACUUCAACAGAGACCUGGACCGCAUGGUGACCCAGUGUUUGAAAGUUACUCCACAGGCUUUGGAGGGUAUCUGUCUGGACAAAGAAUCCAAGAGCCUCAUCAAGAACUCUGAAAUUAAUAUGGAAGUUGAUUUUGUCAAAGAGGAAGAGGAGGAGCCCAAAGUUCAGCAGUCCCCUGAGCAGAUGCAGGAUCAAGACAUGAAACCAGCAGAUGAGAAUGGGCACGCAGGAGAUAACCGCCAAAGUCUGGCUACAGUUUUUAAGAUGGCUGCACUGCUGGGAAAAAAGAACAGCGGUCUCUGUGACCUCUUGGAAGAAGACCGAGAGCCGCUUGUUCAGGAGCUCAAGAUGUGCCACUGGUUUGGAAGUGAGAGCAAAAACACUUCUAUUAGUGAGACUGAAAUGGUGAACCUCCUCAUAAAUGGAAUCAGAGAUGUCAUACUUAAAGAAAUACAGGAAUCCCCCUUCUUCUCUCUUAUAACAGACAAACCUGUUAGAAUUGCUGAUAAGACCCACUUACCUGUGUUUGUCAGGUAUGUCGGAGAAUCUGCUCCAAAAGUAGAGCUCAUGGGUUUCUUACCAUUUGAUGAAAACUGUAAUGUUGACAGGCAAGCAAGUAAUCUUGCAAAGAUUCUCACUGAAGACUGGGGCCUACCAAUGUCUCAGUGUCGAGGGCAAGCGUUCAUGCAUCUGGGCUCCAGUUAUCAAAGCCUGAAGAAAAUGUCUUUGGAUUUCCUCAAGAGCUACCCGCUUUGUGUCGUAACACCCAGCGAGUCUUGUGGCCUUGCCCACUGGCUGGCUGGUAGUGUGCCUUGCCCUUCAGUGGCAAAAAUGCUGGACAUCACAGAAGAUCUGCUGCAGUUCUUUGAUGAAUCUCCUUGCCUGGAAGGGGAGUUAGCACAAGCUGUUGAUGAGCUUUUAAAUAUGCCAAGAGAGGCUUUAGAGGAAUUUCCAGAAACGUGCUGCUCCAGAUGGAAGAAGAGAGAGGACUUCUUUGACAUCCUUGCUGACACACUUGAGGGCAUUCUUAGGUGCCUAGAUACCGUUAGCUCCAGUGCCACAGGUGCCAAGUCAAUGCAUGCCCAAGUUCUGUCCACUGCCCUGAGGAACAUGGAUUUCAUCGUCACCCUUGUGAUUCUGAAGAAUGCUUGUGCUCCACUUCGUAACUGCAGCACCGUCUUCCGCUGUGGAAACCCGGCUGACAUCCUCUGUGAAGUGGAAAAAAUCCCUUCAAUCAUAGAGAAUCUGGAGAAAAUGUUACAAAAUGUGAGUGCUCUGCACUCCACGUGGUUUGAACAAGCCUUCCAGCUAGCAACCAAGGUCGCUCCUGAGCAAGUGUGCUUCUCAGAGGAAGCCAACAGCUAUGACUCUCCAGAGAUUUAUUACAGAGAAAAUCUGAGCGUACCACUCCUUCAAAGCCUUGUUGAUGAAAUGAAAUACUGCUUCUCUGACAGCCACUUAAAAGCCCUAUCAGUCCUGUCAUUGCUGCCCUCCUGCAAUCCACAGCCCAUACUUUCAGAGUCCAUAGACAAGCCUUUCAGCAUCUUCCUUACAGAUAUUCCUGACCCUGAAUCGGCUGAGCAGGAAAUGAACACCUGGGCAGCCGUCUGGAGAGAGAAAUACCAGGAUGUUGCUCCUCCAGCAUCCAUCGCUGAAGCACUUGUCCAUCCUGAGUCCAAGAGUCAUCCAGCCGUUUCCUUACUGCUCAGGCUAGUAGCUGUCCUGCCUAGUGUCAGUAUGGAGUGUGACCUGAUGAAGACCACUCUGAAUUCAAUGAGGGAUCUGUUUAAAAACACUGUAUGCAGAGGCAGCAGAACCAUUCAGGUGAUGCUCAUCUCUCACUGGACAACACUCCAGAGGCUUCCAGAAGUCAUUGAGAAGUGCAUCGAGGUUGACCCAGAGAGUAGUCCAUGUCUGUCCCAGGUGAUGGGAACUCUGCAAAGACUCAAGUUGGACAGAGGAAGCCUUGCACACAACUCCAGUGAUGCAGCGAAACCUGCUGAUGGAGAGACAAAACUGGCUGGUCAGGAAGGAAAACUAGCGGCUGUUCAAGGACCAGGAAUGGCAGCGUCUUUCUAUGAGCCGCAGCUACGUGAACAAAUCAUCAAGGAACUUUGGGACUCUCAGUUCUUCACUAUUAUAACUGAGCAAACGGUUGAAAUUGAUGGUGAGAUCUAUGUGCCAUUGUGCAUCAGGUACUUAAACAAGGAGGACAUCCAGUGUGAGGAAACGCUGGCUUUCAUCCCUUUCACUGAAGACUCUGUUGUCCUUGCAGACGCUAUUGAAACAGCCCUGUCUGAGAAGUGGGGGCUCAACAUGGCGUAUUGCAGAGGACAGGCCAUGCUGAGUGUUGGUGGUGUAGGUGCUCAGAUGAGGGCUGUAUGUCUAGCUAUAGCUAACAAAUACCCACAGGCUGUUAGAACUGCCAGCUCUGCUUUGUCCCUCAAUGUGUGGCUGGCAAGAUCAUCAUCUGCUGAAGAAGCAGCCGACGGGGCAAUCCUCAUAAGUAAACUAUUACACUGGCUCAUGGAGGAUCCAGAACGCCAGAACAAACUGGAAGACAUGAUCAUUUGUGUGUUCCAGCAUGAUGAAGGAAAGAGUUGUGAGCUGAGUGACAAGCUCACCAAGAAUUGGGAGAAGAGUCACGAUAUGUUUGAGGUAAUUGUAGAGAUUUUAGAAGCAAUCAUGCUCUGUUUGAAUGAGCUGAAAGGGGAGGGAAGUACUUCAGACCAACAGCAAGCAUCACACUUCUUUGAUUCAAUCAGAAACUUUGAGUUCAUCCUUUCUACUGUGGUGCAGAAAAAUGUUUUGAGUGUAACUAAAAGGUUGAGUCAGUCUCUUCAAGGCAAACCCUUAGAUAUGUUGCUUGCUGUGAAUAGCUUACCCGAUGUCAAAGCCUCCCUCAGCAAACUCCACAGUGACAUUGACAUCCAUCACAAGGCCUGGUUUGAAGAAGCAGUGGCCCUGGCUUCCAAACUCCACAUCACCAUGUUGCAUUCAGUGCUUCUAGAGCCGUUGAGUGAGUUUUACAAAGAGUCUGUCAGCAUGAAGGUUGUGGAGCACUCCAUAGCAGAAAUCAACGACCUCUUCACAGAAAAGGUAAUGGAUACCUUGAGAUGUCUGGAGAUUGUGCCUUACGCAAUGUCCAAAGUAGAAACCAGCAUUCUUAGUGGUCUCAUGUUCCGCCUGUACAAGGAUGACUUGCCAGAUCAAGCCUCGCUUCACUCCGAGAUGAAGGCAUGGAAGGAGAAAUGGUUGGAUCCUCUGGCAGGCUAUCUUCCAACGACUGUGCUUGAUACUCUCAAGACAUCGCAGAUCAGAAGUUUCAGCAACAUUGAAACUCUGCUCAGACUUCAGGUCAUCUUGCCAUUUUCAAGAAGGGAGAGCAACUUCAGGCAGGGAAAAAGAAGCUUGCAGGAGUUCAUUCAACAGGAGAGGAGAUCCCAAGCUGAGUUGCAUCCUCUGUAAGAGUUGCAGGUCUUUAGAUUUGUGUCAGAUGCAGCGCCACCAUACUAAAAGACUAAUGCGUUCAGCUCUUAUUGAGCAUUUCUGAACACAGUUCCCGUGUACAUUGAGUUUCUUUUGGUUGUCAUCCUGCAAAACCCUGCCCUGUGCUCUUAUGUUUUUGUUUGUUUUUUUUAAAUUUUGUAGUUUGUACAGUUGUACUGCCCAAUGGGACCAAUAUCGUAAAAAAAGCCCUACAUAUGGUUAUCAAUGCUUGUGUGCCUUGAGAAACUAAUAAUUCCUCCCAUGUUUUAUCAUAAUAUGGUUGUUUAAAAAUGUCCCAUUGGCUUUUUGAAAGAACUCUAUUUUUCUUCCAUUAUGAGAAACCACCAGACUGAUUUAUCUAUCGCUGUCAUUAGUUACUUCUAAUUAUGUAAUUGCACCCUUAUCUUUCCUGGGCACAAAUAUAGAAAUGGUUAGUUCUAUCUUCUGAUGAUUUCUCAUGUUUCCUGUCCUCUCGCAGGAAUGAAUUUGCUGUAAACGUAUCUUUGAGAAGAAUGUUUCCUUAAUAGGAGAACCAUCAUAUAUAUUUGUCAAAAAAGUAAUAAAAUGAUCCAAAAA